AUGUGCCGGGAGAGGCAGGAGGAGACUAUUUCAGAAUUGCUGGCCAAUGAAGUGCGCCUUAGAGAAAAGAGGGAAAAGAAAAGAGUGAAACGUCAAUUGAAGCGACAGCAACGACAAAUAGAUGAUCUCUCAGACAGUCUUGAAGUUCUUCAUGAAGAAGAUGCCUUAUCUGUUUCCACUGAAGAUGACAUGUCUUGUGAUGAAUUAGACUGGGAUCAGAGACAUUUUUCUGAUGUCCAAGGUAGAACCAAUAAAGAAGAACUCGAACACAGAAAAGGCCAUCUGAUAGUUCUUGGGCUCCAGGCAGAUGGCACUGAAUUGGCCAUAAAAGUAUACAAGAAUGACGAGUGUCCUGUCAAAUGUGGCAUUCUGAAUCAACUUGUUCAGCCUUUGAAAUUGGACUACAACUUUUUGAUUCAAUACAGAACAUUCACUGUGAGUAAGGAUUUUGCUUUCCUCUCAAUGAAUAUUUGUGAGUGUAACGUUCGGCAAUACAUUGAAUGGAAACUUCAACAGAACAGCUUUGAUGCCAACAUUGCCAGUGGACUUGUUUGGCACAUGUUGAAAGGUCUAAAAAGCCUUCAUGACAACAAUAUCCUGCAUGGCAGGCUGAAGCCUGAAAAUCUUCUUAUUGAUUCCAAAGGGAGAUUACUCUUGGCCAAUUAUGGAUUUCAUCAUUUGUGUAAGCAUCAAACUUGGUCAUCAAGCAAUGGGCAAAAAGACAAUGAAAAAUCAGAAGAUGAGAAAUGUUGGCAACCAUCUGAAAUCCUCAGGUCAGAACAGCACAAGAAGUACACUUCAAAGUCAGAUAUCCAGGUGGCAGGUAUGGUUGCUCAUUUUAUAAUCAGUGGUGGACACCAUCCAUUUGGGCAGGAUGAUGAAGUGAUCUUAAAUAUCAUUUUGAAUGAUUGGCAACUGCAUCACUUGAGUGAAGAAGCCAGUGACAUCAUCUCAGCAAUGUUGUCCGGGGCACCAACUAAUCGACCUGAUGUGGAAGAUAUCAUGAAGCACCCCUAUUUUUGGUCAACUGGCAGACGCUUUGAAUUGUUGCUCAAUGCUGGUUCCCACCUUGCAUUGAUGUCAUCUUCAGUCUUUGGACUUUCUGAAGAGGCACAAAAGAAUUUACUUGAACUGAUAAAGAUCCUGGAUUCUGACAACCAAUUUCAAGAAUGGAAAACCCUGAUUGACAAUUCCUUUAUUGAGGAAUUGAAGAUAUUCUUCCAGUACCAAAAUACACUUACAGGUCUCAUCCUGUUUAUUUACAAUACCUGGAACCGAUGGAAUCAAACCUGUAAAGAAAGACGUCAUCUACUUCCAGAACCAUCGUCUUACUUCUUUCAUAAGUUCCCAAAACUGUUCUGUGCUGUGUACCAUCACAUCAAGACAUCCAGCCUUCGAAACAUCAUCCCUUAUCAGUCAUAUUACUGA